UUAGACCAGGAAGGGCGUCCAGUUUCAGCAGUUUCUCUUCAGCGUCACUUUUGGCUGUUGUUGGCGCUUAGAUAACGAAAACGGACCGGAUUCCUACUUAAGUUGUCGAUAUUUUAUAUUUAAAUAUUUCCUGGCUGUUCUCCUACAAGCAGGACAUUUCACAUUCAGCCAUCAUGUUCUUUGUCUUGAUGUGUCUCUGCCUGCACGCAACAGGCCUACAUGCUUUUUCUGCCUCCACUUCUACAGGCACUGUGAUGGUAAAAGAGGGCAGUGGAGCUGAUAUGAAAUGUGAUUACACUGCUGAUUUUGGGGCAUCACCUCGAGUGGAAUGGAAAUUUAAGGAUUUAAGGGGCUCACAGUCCUUCAUCUUCUUUGAUGGCCAGAUUACCGCCCCGUACAAAGAACGGUUCACUCAGUAUGCAGGUGGUCUGAGGAUCGAAAAGACAACCAGAAAAGACACUGGAGGCUAUACAUGCGAGGUGUCUGGCAAUGAUGGCUAUGCAGAAGUUGUAAUCAAGCUAACAGUGAUUGUACCUCCCUCAGUGCCUGUCAGCCGAAUCCCUACCUCAGUCACAACAGGCAAGAAUGUUCUGCUGACCUGCUUCGACAAGGACGGCUCUCCCCCAUCCACCUACCAAUGGUACAAAGAUGGCACACCUCUGCCUGAAGACCCCAGCAAGUUCCCUGCCUUCAAGAACAUGACCUACAAAAUGAACGCUCAGAAUGGCAACCUGGAGUUUCCCAGUGUGGCCAAGACAGACAGUGGGAAAUAUUUCUGUGAGGCUUCCAACAGUCAGGGACCUAAUCAGCGUGGGGAGACUGUGUUAAUGGAAGUCAAGGAUGUGAACACAGGAGGCAUCGUUGCUGGGGUCAUUGUAGCCCUUCUAGCCAUUGCGUUGCUUUGCUUUGGCCUGUGGUACGCUAAAAAGAAGGGAUAUUUGCCCAAAAUGCCUGAGAGCAAGCAGAAAUCAGCAGUGUAUACUCAGCCUAGACAGGACUAUGGGGAUGAAGACGAUGUGGAGUUCAAACAGAAGUCAUCAUUUGUGGUGUAGCCUACAUUUUCACCUGUUUAGCCGUGAAGGAUCUCUCCUGCUGUGCUGAUGUCUUUUAACUGGGAUUAAGCUUGUGUGUGUGUGUGUGUGUGUGUGUGUGUGUGUGUGUGUGUGUGUGUGUGUGUGUGUGUGUUUUAUACCACCUCUGGUCAUUUGCACUGCACUGACCCUAAUGCUGAGCCUUGUAUCAGAAAGCGUCAUGAACAUCCACUGGAUCAUGCUGUUUGGUUUUCUCACUUUUAGAACAGAGGGAUAGAACAUGAGUAGCGGAUAAGGGCCUGAGUAAAUUUACAUUUGCCUUUUACUUUCUGUUGUCAAUUUGAAUUUUUACUAUAAACAAAUCUGUGGAAAUUUGGUACCAAUAUAAUUUUUUUGCUUUUUUCCCCCUGUAGAAAAAUAUUACUGUCUUUGCCAUCCUUCAGGAAAGCAUUUGUGCAAUGUUUGUUAAGUGAUGUGAAGUACAUAUAAUUUGAAUAAGCUUAUUAAAUUUGUGUAUAAGUGACACUGACCGAUUAGUGAAGUGACUUUAGUGUUGUGUAUCCGCUUGAAUUGUACAUAAACGUCCUUAUAUGUUGAUGUAGGAAAAAACAAGGUACUAGAACAUUUCCAUACUAAUAUCCUAUUUAUCCAACUGUUCUGUUUACCUAAUCAAAGGGUUUAGAUUGUACUUUUGUCUUUUUUCCUCUCUCUUGUUUUUUAAUUUCUCUUGUGAAAUGUAAAUAGAUGUUCUGGUUCUGUUUUUUUUUUGAUGCAUUGUACUUUUUUACUACAGUUGUGACACACACAAAGCUGUAAAUCGAACAUUUAGAUAUUUGUGAUAAGACAUUGGUUUGAUGUGUCUGACAGCAAAUCCACCUUUAAAGUGUCUUGCACAAUGAUUUUUGGUUAACUUGAACAUUGCACAGAAACAAUAUAAAAAUACAUGCAAUACUUGGCUGCUUUAGUCUUUGUCGCAUGUUCUGGCUGUAAUUCUUUCAAUAAAUAUUUUAACGUUAUUGACA